CCGAUGUGGAAGCCCACUACGGCUCGGCCGAUGUGUCGCUGACGUCACCUCGUCUGCACCACCACCGGAGACCGGAGUGAAGCGCAGGGUCGGGUUCGCUUUUGCUUGGCGUGCGUCGUCUCUGUCUCGUGGUUCUACCCAGGGGGGGAGAGAAGGAGCGGGAGGGAGCGAGCCAUGGUGGUCAGCGCAUUCACUGGACCCGGGAUUGGGAUCGGGUUCGGUGUCGGCUGCGGGUUCGGCGUCGGGUGGGGGUUCGGAGGGAUGCCUCUUAACAUGUUUGGCUUGGGUAUUGGUGGGGGCUGCGGAGUUGGUCUUGGACUAGGAUGGGGCUUUGGAAAUGCUUUUGGUUGUCAGUAUCGAUCUUCAAGAGUCCAGUUCCAGGGCAUUGAAUUUCAGAAGAAGGUUGAAGGAGAUGAAGCACCAAAAGUUGUUUCACAGGAGCUUGCUGAAAAAUCUCGUCCUUAUGGCUAGUACGGCUGCUACCAUAUAAUUCACAGAGACUGUGUUCUAUGUGCUGAGUUGCAAUUUAAUUACAUACCUGUGUGUUCUUUGUUAGAAAUGUUGUGCUACACUUAUUUUCAUUUCUGUUGUAACAAGAAUGAUGUUAAUGAGUGAACUUUCAACUAGGAAGAAAUGACCCUAAUAUUUGUGCUAAUGCUAUUCAUUUACUUUUCAUGGUUGAA